UACUAAUCCUAUUGAAAAAGACAUGGCCUGGAUAAUUCUUGGUGUAUCUAUUAUCAAAUCAUUUGCGUAUCUUGGAGAUAAAGAACCAAAUAAAGUUGAGACAUUGAUCUCUUUUUAUCUGCAUUGGCAUGAAAUGAUGAUUGAGAAAAAUAAAAUAGAGAAUAUAAAGAAAAAAUUAAUCAAAAUUAUAAAAGAACUAAAAAAUAUAUCAGCUUGCACAGAUGCAAAAAUCAAUGAAAUGAUAGAUGGAACAAUAAAAACACUAGAAAAUCAAAAAGAAAAUCUGAAAAGCAUAAUUCCAGAUUAUAAGAUGGAUGAAAUGGAAGAGUUAAUAGAACCAUUAAAAUAUCAGAUAAUAAAAAUGAAAGACAUUCAAGUUUUGGUCAAGGAGAUAGAUAGGAUAAAAACACUAGAAAAUCAAAAAGAGAAUCUAACAAGCAUAAUUCCAGAUAAUAAGAUGGAUGAAAUAGAAAAGUCAAUAGAACCGAUAAAUAAAAUGAAUGAAGUUCAAGAUUUGGUCAAAAAUAGAAAAUUACCAGUUAGAGAAACCUGGAUACAAAAAAUAAAAAAGGAACUAGAGGAGCUAGAAGUGCAUAUAAGAAUACUAAUAGUAAAAGAAAAAUCAAAAGGUCUAAAAAAAGUAUAUAUAAAGUCUAAACACAAUGAGAUAAAAAAUAAACUAGAAGAAAUAAAAAAGCAAAUAGAAGAUCUUGAUAGUAAAGAGAACAGAAUGCAGGAAAUAAAAGGACAAUUGGAUAAACUAAAAAAGCAGAAAAAAAUCCAACAAUUAUUAGCGAUAAUAAUGAAAUACAAGACAAUGAAAAUGACAACAUACAGAAAAUAG